CCCAAGUGUCGUCAUUUCCUUUAUGACGUCUGUAGAAACAUGUCUGCCUAACAAGAGUGCAAACAGCGGGCCACGUUUUUUUUCUUAAAAGAUGUGUUGUUAGCUUUUGGUCCCCUUCUCGAUUGGGGUGACGCCAUUAAACACUUGAUCGCAAUUAUUAAGCGGUGCUCAGAGGAGGGAACGUCUCGGUAACUUCACCAGAACCAACUCGCAUUUGAGACCCGCCAAAAGACAGAGGAAGUGACCAUUUUGGGAGUUAUCUGGUUUAAGUGGAAACCUACUUGUUUUUCUGCUGAGUAAACAAAAUGAGUGGCGGGUUUAACUUUGGUCAGGCCCCUACGGGUUUUACCUUCGGAGCCCAGAAGCCCGCUGCCGCAGCGCCUGUCGCCGGCUUCGGACUCACGAGCUCCGCACCUGCAGCCUCCGGAGGGGGCUUCACGUUCGGGACGCCCAGCCAGGCCACCAGCAACGCCACCGGGGGCUUCAGCUUCGGCACGCCGGCGAAGAGCACCGCGUCCGGCGGAGGCUUCUCGUUCGGCACCACCACUUCGUUUGGCUUGGGAACGACUCCUCAGACCACGGCGGCGACCGGGCUAACUCUGGGCUCCGCGGCCGCUCCAGCGCCCGGCUCCGGGUUCACCCUGGGCGGCGGUCUGUCCGCCGGGACCGCCGCUGCCGCUCCAGCUCCCGCAGGAGGAGGCUUCACCUUUGGGAACGCCCCCCAGGCCCAACCGCAGCCCCAGGCCCAGGCCCAACCCGCCCCGGCGGCAUCUACAGCACCAGCACCCACCGCGUCGAGCGGCCUGUCGUUUGGAGCGUUCAGCUUCGGAACCACUAAGGUCCAGGUGACCACCGCUGCAGCCUCUACUACAGCCACGGGUGGAGGCUUUAGCUUCGGUACCAGUGCUCCCUCCAGCCUCAUUCUGGGCGCACAGCCCCAGGUCCAGACCCAGACCCAGCCUCAACCUCAGACCCAGCCUCAGACCCAGCCUCAGCCCCAGCCUCAGCCCCAGCCUCAGCCCCAGCCUCAGCCCCAGCUUCAGCCUCAGCUUCAGCCUCAGCUUCAGCCUCAGGCCCCGACGGCCUCCAUCACUGCUGCCCCUGCAGCCCAAGGAGCAGGUUUUGCCUUUGGAAUCAAACCUUCAUCAACCCCAGCGCCUCCUGCAUCGACCCAGCCAACACCAGCUGCAGGUCCCACUCUCUUCGCGUCACCCAUCAUCACACCUGCUUCCGCCGCCGCCGCCGCCGCCGCCCCUGCAGCAGGUACCGGCUUCACAUUCGGUGCCGCCGCCGCUACUCCGGCCGCGAGCGUUGCUCCGACAGCCUCAGCAGCCGGCGCCAAUGUGGCCUUUAUGCUCAAGCCUCUCGCCACGACCACCUCCGGCGCCGCCGCUUCCGCCGCCAUCACUGCACCCGCCGCCACAGCUGCUGCCACCGCCUUUACACUGGGACUCAAACCAGCUCCAAGCGCAGGUACCGCAACCGCGGCCCCUGCGGCGACAACCAUCACCACGACAACGGCUCCUCCGGUGAUGACGUAUGCCCAGUUAGAGGGCCUCAUCAACAAGUGGAGCCUCGAGCUAGAGGACCAGGAGAGGCAUUUUCUGCAGCAGGCGACUCAGGUGAACGCCUGGGACCGGAUGCUGGUGGAGAACGGCGAGAAGAUCACGUCGUUGCAUAAGGAAAUGGAGAAGGUGAAGCUGGACCAGAGGAGGCUGAACCAGGAGCUGGACUUCAUCCUGUCCCAGCAGAAGGAGCUGGAGGACCUGCUCUGCCCGCUCGAGGAGUCGGUGAAGGAGCAGAGUGGAACCAUCUACAUGCAGAACGCCGACGAGGAGCGCGAGCGAACGUACAAGCUCGCCGAGAACGUGGACGCGCAGCUGAAGAGGAUGUCGCAGGACCUGAAGGAGAUCAUCGAGCACCUGAACACGUCCAGCGGACCAGCAGAUACCAGCGAUCCACUUCAGCAGAUCUGUAAAAUUCUCAACGCCCACAUGGACUCGCUUCAGUGGAUCGACCAGAAUUCAGUGCUUCUGCAGAGGCGAGUGGAGGAAGUGUCCAAACUGUGCGACAACCAGCGCAAAGAGCAGGAGAAAACCUUUCGUCUAUCGUUCGACUGAUCUGCAGUAAAUAUUAACCACUGCUCUAUUGGUCAACAGAAAUGUCUUUAGAUUGUUCCAUAGCUUUUCUAUCGCAUCGAGAUGUGAAAUUAUCUGCUUGUUUGUUUAAAUAAACCCUUGGCUAAAGGCUCUCUGCA